GACAUGGCCAGAGCACUGAGAGAUAUCAGGUAUUGAUGUAACUGGAGUGAAUAAGGGAACCUUCUUCCUGAGCACAGACAUUGGAGCCUGUUAUCAGCAUGAACUCAUAUGUGUUAGACAAACACUUGAAUAGUUCAUAUCCAUCCUUCACAACAGGAAGCAUCAGAAUGAUAACAAAAAUGCCAAAAGACUUAGACACCAAUGACUAUUCACCAACAUUGGGGAACUCACAUCAGAUAUUUGUUGAAUUGGCAGGAACUGGACAGCAGUCUUUAUGUACAGAGAGUAAUUUAAUCAUCAAACAAGAGGACAACAUUUAUGCCUUAUCUAGUGAAAUGAUUAUCCCAGAGGAUAAACCACACACAUUUACUGGGUUUUCAAAACAUUUAAAAGAAGGGACACUUCUUAAGUCUAGCCAAAUGAUUCAUACAAAUAGGAAACCAUUCAAAUGUACAGAAUGUGAGGAAAGCUUCACAUGUAAUUUGCAUCUCCUUCAACAUCACACAGUUGUGAAACCUCACACAUGUACAGAAUGUGGGGGAUGUUUUACUUCCAAGGGAAACCUCAUAUCUCAUAAAAAUUCCCACACAGAACAAAAACCUUUCACAUGUAAAGAGUGUGGCAAAUGUUUCAUACUAAGGACAAGCCUUAUACCUCAUGAAAGGACCCACGAAGGGGAGAAACCAUUCAUAUGUACUGAGUGUGGGAAACAUUUUAGAUUUAAGUCUGAGCUGAAAUCUCAUGAAAUAAUUCACACAGGACAAAAACCUCUCACAUAUACAGAGUGUGAAAAAAUAUGUACACACAAGAGUAAUAUAAAAUCUCAUGAAAGGAGUCACACAGGGGCAAAGCCUUUCACAUGUACAGUGUGUAGAAAAAGUUUUCCACAUAGGAGUAGUCUGAAAACUCAUGAAAGAAGUCACACCGGAGAAAAGCCUUUCACAUGUACAAAGUGUGGAAAAUGUUUUACACUAAUAAAUAGUCUGAAAACUCAUGAAAGGAUUCACACAGGAGAAAAGCCUUUCACAUGUACAGAGUGUGGGAAAAGUUUUACACAAAUAAGUCAUCUGAAUACUCAUGAAAGAAGUCACACAGGAGAAAAGCCUUUCACAUGUACAGAGUGUGGAAAAAGUUUUGCACAAAUAAGUCAUCUGAAUACUCAUGAAAUGAUUCACACAGGAGCAAAGCCUUUCACAUGUACAGAGUGUGGAAAAAGUUUUACACAAAUAAAGAGUCUGAAAACUCAUGAAAAGAGUCACACAGGGGGAAAUCCUUUCACAUGUACAGAGUGUGGAAAAGGUUUUGCACGAAUAAGUCUUCUGAAAACUCAUGAAAGAAGUCACACAGGAGAAAGGCCUUUCACAUGUACAGAGUGUGGAAAAAGUUUUACACAAAUAAGUCAUUUGAAUACUCAUAAAAGGAUUCACACAGGAGAAAAGCCUUUCACAUGUAUAGAGUGUGGAAAAAGUUUUACACAAAUACAUAGUCUGAAAACUCAUGAAAGGAUUCACACAGGAGAAAAGCCUUUCACAUGUACAGAGUGUGGAAAACGUUUUACACAAAUACAUAGUCUGAAAACUCAUGAAAGGAUUCACACAGGGGAAAAACCUUUCACAUGUAUAGAGUGUGGAAAACGUUUUACACAAAUAAAUGGUCUGAAAACUCAUGAAAGGAGUCACACAGGGGAAAAGCCUUUCACAUGUAUAGAGUGUGGAAAAUGUUUUAGACUAAUAAAUAGUCUGAAAACUCAUGAAAGGAGUCACACAGGAGAAAAGCCUUUCACAUGUACAGAGUGUGGAAAAAGUUUUACACAAAUAAGUCAUCUGAAUACUCAUGAAAGGAUUCACACAGGAGAAAAUCCUUUCAAAUGUACAGAGUGUGGAAAAAGUUUUACACAAAUAAAUAGUCUGAAAACUCAUGAAAAGAGUCACACAGGGGAAAAUCCUUUCACAUGUACAGAGUGUGGAAAAAGUUUUGCACGAAUAAGUCAUCUGAAAACUCAUGAAAUGAUUCACACAGGAGAAAAGCCUUUCACAUGUACAGAGUGUGGAAAAAGUUUUACACAAAUAAAUAAUCUGAAAACUCAUGAAAAGAGUCACACAGGGGGAAAUCCUUUCACAUGUACAGAGUGUGGAAAAAGUUUUGCACGAAUAAGUCUUCUGAAAACUCAUGAAAGAAGUCACACAGGAGAAAGGCCUUUCACAUGUACAGAGUGUGGAAAAAGUUUUACACAAAUAAGUCAUCUGAAUACUCAUAAAAGGAUUCACACAGGAGAAAAGCCUUUCACAUGUGCAGAGUGUGGAAAAAGUUUUACACAAAAGGUUGAACUGAAAAAGCAUGAAAGGAGUCACACAGGAGAAAAACCUUUCACAUGUUUAUAAAGUAGAAAAAGGUAUACCGUGCCAGUCAGGUAUCACAAAACACAAAAUAUUUACUCACAAAAUAAACUUUAUAUGCACUGUGUGGAAACCUUUUAAAAGUUAUCAUAAAGAUGAUAAACUCUCUAAAUAGCAUAGUCAAAAAAGAAUGGCAUUGUAAAUAAUACUUACUAACUCCCAGUUAUAAAAGCUCCAGAUUGGAA